GUGCACCGCCUGCUGCUAAACACGCUCCCCGCCCCGAUCGUGCGCCACAUCGCUGCUGGCGCCACGGACCUCGCGCACCGGUAUGGAGAGGUCACCGUGCUGCAGGCCGACCUCUCCGGCUUCACAAAGCUCUCGAGUGAGCGAUCCGCCGCCUUCGUGAUCGGCCUCCUCUCGGACUUGUUUGCAAAGUUUGACCGCCUCACCGAGUGGCACGGCGUGCACAAGGUCAAGACCAUCGGCGACGCUUACGUGGUGUGCUGCGGCGCCUUUGACGAGGCGCCCACCGCCGCGGAGGCGGCGCGGCGGGUCGUCGGCAUGGGCCUCUCGAUGCUCGACGAGGUGUGA